GCCAGAAGUUGUAGACUGUUCUUAAAGCAGAGAAACCCCUUGAAUUGCAGUCGAGAGACUUGUGUCGAUGUUUGAAGACUGUAGUGAGCCACAACCGACAAUCAGUUCAGAAGCCUUCUCUCGGCGAUCUCAUGGCGACAGACAUUUACAUUGGCAAGAGACUCUCCUUCGAUGGCCAACUCUGCACUGUUCGAUUCCGUGGCGCAGUUGAAGGCACAAAAGGGGAGUGGUUGGGCGUGGAGUGGGACAAUCCAACCCGCGGAAAGCACUCUGGUGAACACCAAGGUCACAGAUACUUCGAAUGCCUCAGUACGCAUGCAACAGCAGGAUCUUUCAUCAGACCAACUCGUAAGCCGGAUGCACCACGCUCGUUCGUAGAGGCAUUGAAGGCAAAGUACGCAGAUGAUGAUUUUGAAGACCCCAGCGUACAAGUGGUGUUUGUCACGAAAGAAAGUGACAAUGCAAAGGCAAAAAAAGACCCGGCGGCAAGACUGAAUCAGCCUAUACGCUUCAACGGCAAAAUUGCAGAAGAGGUGGGAUUCGACAAGAUCAGGAAACAGCUCGCUCAAAUAGAAGAGCUCAGAUUCGUCAUUCUGGACGGCUUGCGAAUGUGGAGGCCCGAGGUCAGGCAGGGCGCGCGAACUGAUGAUGAGCUAGAGUGGCCUCAGAACGCGACAGACAUCAAAGAUGCGUGCCCCAAGACCUACGAGCUGGAUCUUAGUCGCAACUUGUUCGAGGAGUGGAGGGAGAUUGCUGCCAUCUGCGAACAACUGGAUCGGCUAAAAAUUCUUCGAGUUGACGGAACACGGUUCACAGACACAUCACUGACAGAAGCUGAGCUACAGCGUUGCCGCCAAAUAUUCGCUAAUAUUACAACACUGAAGUUGGAAGACGACUUAUUACCAUGGGAAGACCUGGUCAACAUCACGCACCAGUUCUCCGCCCUUACCACCUGUUCAGCUUCCAGCAACUUCUACUCAAGCCUGACACCGCACAUCCUGAACCCAUCGAUCACCGACUUAACGCUGGAAGAGAACCUCUUUCCCUCCCUAUCCGCCCUCGAACCACUCACCAAGAUGCCAAACCUACAACGCCUCAUCCUCAAGUCUAACAAGAUCUCCGAGGUCGGCACACCGCAACCCAUCUUUCCUACAGCCCUCAGGGAAGUCGAUCUCUCGUUCAACGAAAUAACAACAUGGUCUUUCAUCGAGCAGCUCGAACACGUCUUCCCCGGGCUCACCAGUCUCCGCGUAUCCCACAACCCGCUCUACGAAGCCCUCCAGGCGCCCGACGGCCGUCCUCUCACCGCAGACGAUGGCUACAUGCUUACGCUCGCACGACUGGGGAAUCUCAAGACAUUGAACCAUAGUCCCAUCAGCGGCAAGGAGCGUCUGAACGCUGAGUCCUAUUACCUGUCACUCAUUGUCAAGGAAGUGCAGUUCGCGCCCGAGAAUCUACGGGAGCAGAUUCUGGGCAAUCAUCCGAGGUACAAAUGGCUGUGUGAAGAAUAUGGAGAGCCGGAUAUCAAGCGGAGUAAGAACGCGGUGAAUCCGAAUUCGCUUGCUGCGCGGUUGUUAAGGAUCAAGUUCUACCUUACGAGUGACAAGACGAAGGCGCAUGAGGUCGAGAUACCGAUGAGCUGCACAGUGUACACGGUGCUUGGUGUUGUGGGCAAGCAAUUCGGUGUCAUGCCCAUGGACUGCAGACUCAUCUGGGAGACGGGCGAUUGGAUGCCGGCGAGGAGGUCGAUGGCUGAUGUUGAAGAUGAGGACUGGGACUCUGAGGAUAGCGAGGAUGAGGCGGCUACGAGUAAAGUGAUGCGAGAGGUUGAGAUCACACCCGGGACACGGUCGAUAGGAACUUGGAUCGAUGGCAUGGAGGCUACUGUGAGGGUUGAGUUGAAGUCUCAGUAG